AUGUGGAUCAUACAUGCUUAUGACUUUCUGCUCUUGCUUCUGUAAUUUCCAUGAAAUUUCUACUUUCGCUAUUAGGUUGCGGUGUUGGGCAGGUGGUUUUCCUAAGGGUAGCUUGUAUAGGCUGCAAAUGCAUCCGAAAUAGAAAAAUACAGUCUUUACUCAUAGUCUUAGAAAACAUUAAAUUGUAUGUGUAUAAAAUAUUAAAUCAUAAUCAUUAAUCUAAACACCAAUAAAGGAGUCUGGAAGACCACCAAAUUGCCCAAACUCGUCAACUGCUACAGCAGUACAAACAGUAAUGCAACAUGUAAGGCACAAUAUAAUUUUUAAGUGAAAAAAAUAUAUAUAUUUUUGAAAACGUGCUGGAUCUUAAUUCGGUUAAUUUUCAAAGAAACAUGAAGUUAUUAUGAUUUUAGGUCGUACCUGUAGCGUCCCCUUUGCAUCACAUAACUGCUGAAUGGUUUGCUAAGUUGAUCUCCAUUGAAUUUGACAGCAUAUGCUGCCUUAAAAGGAUAUGAAUUUCUAAUAAUUCUAUAAAUGACAUUUAUGGAAUUUAAAACUUGCUUACUGCUUAGUCAAUAGUCAGGCCAAGGUUUUGCCUUUUGUUGCUGUGACAUGACUGAGACUCCAGAAUAGUUCUGCAAAGUUGCUCAAGAGUCUCAUAUCUCAACAAACUUGGAACUGGUGAAGAUACUUUUGACUCAUUAAAUUAAAAGAAUGACCUGCAGCAUAUCUGUGUCAAGUAACUUGAAAAUAAAACGUUGAAUUGAAUAGACAAAAACAUGCAUACCAAGUUUAUAACACAGCAAGAAAAAUUAACACUCUUGGAUUUCUUUGGUUUUUUGCUUUAUAUUGAGGCUCUUGUUUGUGUUAUACAUAGCACUUGAAUUACUUUUUCUUUAUAAGUUUAACUAUGUUCUCUGCGUGUGCGUGUGUGUGUUUCUCCUGCUAGAUAAGAUUAUGUAUCCCUCUGUCCCUAAAAUCCUUAACUGGUACCAGGAAGUAAGAAUUAUAUAUGUAUCUUUUUGAAAAGUUUUGAAGAAUUAUGUAUGUAUCUUUUUGAAAAGGUUCAUGCAAUGGUACAAUAGGUUUUCUUUUUUCUCUUUUAAGUUUUUCUAGCUAGAUGAUGAAGACUAAUUCAUAUUAACAUUAUGUACAAUGGAUAUAUGCUUGCGUGUGUAUGUCUGUGUGUAGGACAUAUGGUUGUCAGUUCUCUACUGUUUUUUCACAGCCUCUAAUUUCAUUAACUGCUUAUAAAAUGCAGGUGUUUUGGUUCUACCCAUUGUAUGUGUUUAGUCUUAUUCUAAGCACUAUCUGGUACAAUGAAAUUGCGAAGUGUGGUUUUGCUGCAAUGGAAAGAGAUGAACAUAAUGUAUUGGAAACCUUAAGCCAGGAUGAGCCAACAACAACCUCAGACAACUCAGGUCCAACAGAAAAGCCUUCUGGUCUAGGAGGUGUUAUGAUUGGAAUUGGUGAGCAGGUGUAUUCUAUAUUGCUUUUGAGCUUCUUCUUUCUAGAGGUUUUUGCUACAGGAUUCACACCAUAUAUAGGGAAGGCACUCAAUUUUGUACUUCUUUCCUGGAUGUAUGCUUACUACUGUUUCGAGUACAAGUGGAAUUUGUCUGAAGUGGCACUUGACAGGCGGCUGGACUUCUUUGAAUCUAACUGGGCCUUUUUAGCUGGUUUUGGAAGCCCUUGUGUUCUGGCUAUUUUCUUCUUUUCUCCUCUUGUGAGCUAUGGUGUCAUGGCUAUUCUUUUCCCACUGUUUGUUUUGACUGCAACAAGCUCAGGAGCUGACCAACCUAUCUUCUCUCAAAGAAGAAAAUGGAAAUAUUUAGGAUUGGGAAGGCUUCCAGUAUUUUAUGCAGCAGAUACACUGUCAUAAGCAUCCACAUCCCAGUAUCUUUUUAUUGAAAAGAAAAUAACAUUCAACACACAUAUAUUGUGCAGUAAACUAAUAUAAAAUGCCUUUUGAACCAUUAUAGAACUCUGAACUUUCAUAUUCACUCUGACAAACUUUUUUAUAAUUUCUGGGCUAAAAUUAUUUUUAGCUUAACUCACCUUCUUAACAAUGAGGUUGAUUAGUUGUCUCAGAUUGCAUCAUCUUACCUUAGUCUGAGCAGCAUUCCAGUGUCCAAGUUCUUGCCUGCUCUCUCUCUCUCUCUCUCUCCCUAACCUUUUUGUCACUAAUUGCUUGAUGAGGUAUUAAGAGUUGGAUUAUAUGACUAUUUGUCUAUUUUGGGCUCAUCUAUGACUACAAGAUGAUCACAGAAGGACAAAAUUUAAAAAUAACUGGUGCCAAGUACUUGGUUUUGCUCGUCAUUCUAGGCUGAGAAACUGACAUCAAUUGAAUUUCAUUAUUAUCAUAUUAGCUCGGUCCUGUCGCAUGUCUUGAUUGAGUUUGCUUUUUGCAGGAUGGGAAUCUUGUCUCUCGUCCCCUUAGAAUCUCGAGAACAAUUGCAAGACAAUAAGGCACUUUAUGUUCUGACUUGAUUCUUACACCAUAUGAUUAAGUGUAAGCUCGUUCGAACUUAAUUCUCACAUGUACUAAAUGCCUGAUUUUUUUUUCCUUUUUUAUAACUUGGAUGCCAGAGCAGGUCAACUCUUGAUUUAGUUUUUCUUCGUAUAUGCACAUAUGUUUCAGACAGUUCACCCUAGCAAUUGCUUAACAUUCAGAGAAAUCAAGUGCAAGAUCUCCUGGUAAACCAUGUCUCCCAUUGGCUCAAAGGAAUCAUGGUGUACCUUGUGUAGAUAGAAAUCAGGUGUCAUAUCUAUAUAGCAUUUUUCAUUUAAUUCUUGAAGUUUGUACAGCCACUGGACUAUGAAAACUAAAAUAUACAACUAUUUAUGAUCAAAUUUGGGAAAUUUUCAUUGAACAAAAUGUCUCCAAAAUUGUGACAAUAAACAGUAAAAUUGAAGGGCAAUAUGCUUCUUUAGCGUUCAAGAGAAAUUCUCUCUCCCUCUCAA